AUGGAAGACACCGAAACUUUCACGCUCGUCCCACUCUACAUGGACCCCGCCUCUAAAAUCAUCUCCUCCAGCAACACGUCCCGUGCUCUUCAAGAAGAACUCGCAGCCCUGAACGAUCUCCACAAAGCUUUCAAAAAGCUCGACACUGAUGUCCCUCCUCCUCCUAUUCCCGUCAAUCCAAAGCGCUCUGCAGGCAUCACUAGGCUGCGCGAAUCCGGGAACGCAGAGUUCCGCAAAGGCAAACACACCGAUGCGAUAAACUACUACACCUUGGGUCUGCAAAUGGCCUUGACGAGACCAGCGUGGGAGCCGAGUGGGCUGGUUAGAGAUGAGGUUGCGGGGUUAUAUUCAAAUCGCGCGAUGGCUCAUGUAGCAAUAUCGAAUUGGGUGGAAGGGAGUGUCGAUGCAGAGGCCAGUGUAGAGGCUAAGAAGGCGGGGAAUGCUAAGGCGUGGUGGAGGAAGGGGAGGUGCUUGAUUGAGAUGGGGAGACUGGAAGAGGCUAAGGAGUGGGUUGGUAAAGGGCUCGAGAUGGAGGGUAACGAGGCCGAUUUGGUGACAUUAUUGAAGGAGAUUGAGGGGAAAGACAAGAAGUCUUAA